AUGGACGCGGGGCACAGCGCGUGGGACGGCGUGGACGUCGCGCCGCUGGUGCGACUUGCGCAGGAUGGAUUCGCACAGACACUCGACUCGGUCUCUGAAGCAAAAACGUUGCUCAUCGAUCCGACGCUCGCAGGGCCCCUCGGCCUCAUUUCCGAUGUAGGCGCGUUGCGGCAGCGCGGCGUCGACAAGAUGUUCUGGCUCGAGCCCGCGGAGCCGGGCGAUGCAAAGGCCAUCAGCGCACCGACGCGGCACCUGCUCUACCUGUGCCGGCCUGAUGUCCGGUGGAUGCGCACGCUCGCGGCGCACUUCCAGGCGGAUACCGCGGCACACGGCGAAACGCGGCAGUACGCGUACUCGGUCGCGUUUGUGCCUCACCGGACUGAGCCGUGCUUGCAGUACCUGCGCACGCAUGCGCUCUUGCGCCAUAUCACGAUUCACGACUUUGGUCUCGAGUUCAAUGCGCUGGGGCCGGACCUCAUUAGCUUGGAGGAGGAGCAGGAGUUCGCCCGGACCUUUUUGUACAACGACCAGACGAGUCUCUUUCGCUCGGCGCAGGCGCUGAUGACGAUGCAGAAUACCUAUGGCCUGUUUCCGCGCGUUGUCGGCAAAGGCGACAUGGCGAAUCGGCUCUGCGACCUGCUCGUGCGCCAGCGCCGCGAGCACUAUGCGUCGGAUCCCGGGAACGCUGCGCUGCAGACGCUCUCGCCGCAGAUCGACGCGCUGAUCGUGCUGGAUCGCACGGUGGACCUGGCGACGCCGCUCUCGACACAGCUCACCUACGAAGGACUCAUCGACGAGGUCUUCGGUGUGGAAAACGGGUUUGUCGAGGUCGAUGCGACGUGGGUCGGCGCCGCACAGCAGCUCGUCCAGGGUCGCGCGUCGACGCCGCUGAAUGCGGCGAAGCGCAAGGUACGCCUCGACGGCGCAGACGACGCGCUCUUCCAGGCGAUUCAGGACGACAACUUUGCCAUUGUUGGCGAGAAGCUGCACCACGUCGCCAAGCGCAUCAGCAAGGGGUACGAGGGGCGGCACAAUGCCAACACCGUGGAAGAGAUCCGCUCGUUUGUGAGCCGCUUAGGCAAUCUCCAGAGCGAGCACGCAAGUCUCCGGCUGCAUACCUCCAUGACGGAGCACCUGCUCAACACGACCAAGACGGAGCGCUUCCAUCGCGUGCUCGAGAUCCAGCAAAAUUUGGUAGCUGGUAUCCAGCUCGCGCAACAGCUCACUGCGAUCGAAGAGCUGCUCUAUUUGCAGGCGCCGCCGCUGACGGUCCUGCGCCUCGUGUGCCUCGCGUCGGUCGUCGGCGCAAAUAUCCGCCCGAAAUGGCUCGAGACGUUCAAGACGGGUGUGGUGCACAUGUACGGAUUCGAGUACCUCUCGCUCCUGCUGCACCUCGAGCAGCUCGGACUCUUGUGCGCCACGCCCGCGCCCGCCAAAGGCGUCAAGGUCAGCCGGUUCGGCGACCUGCACAAGCCGCUGCGGCUCAUUGACGACGAGGUCGACGAGCGCGCCCCGAGCGACGUGAGCUACGUAUUCUCGGGCUACGCCCCGCUCUCGGUGCGCCUCGUCCAGACCAUCUGUCAGCACCAACAGGUGCUCCUUGCGCGGAAAAAGGCACGCGACGUGCUCCCGGCCGCGGCGCGCAUCGCGGGGUGGCGCAGCGUCGACGAGGCCGUCGUGCACUGGCCCGGCGCCUCGUUCGACUUUGUGCAAGAAGCCGAGCAGCGUACCGCGCCCCUCGGCGAGGGACAGGUCAAGACGACCGUCGUCUUCUUCCUCGGCGGCGUGACCUAUGCCGAGAUCGCGGCGCUGCGCCUGAUGAGCUCGCAGCAGCGCGACCGCCGCUUUUUGAUCGCUACGACGUCGGUGGUAAAUGGAAAUAGCCUGCUGUCGCAGCUCAGCGACGUGCCGCUUCCGUCAUAG